CCUGCCUUCAUGGUCCUCGACUCCGGAGGAGCAGGGCAUGUCCGUCGAAUUGUCUUCUUCAGCCUCGAGCUGGCGGGUCUGGCUGGGGCUGUGAUCAUGCUGCUUACCGGUCUUAUCUGGCGUCAGGCAGCUCGGAGGCAUAUUGUCUGGUUCAACUUUAUGUUCACCUGGAUGAUCUCUUGUGCUUCUUACAUUUUACUUAUUGGCCAAUCUGUGGACGAGCUGCCAAAUCGCACAAUCUGUGUGGCGCAAUCUGCUCUUAUAUAUUCUGUCCCGACGCUAACAUCUGGGUCGACUCUUGCGCUCGUUAUUCAUGUCUAUAUCACUCUCCGAACACUGCUGACUGUCGCGACACCCGACUAUCUAUUUAUGUAUCGCAAGAUCUUGACCAUUAUGCUCGUCGGCGUGCCAUACGUCCCCACAGCGGGCAUGUUCGCCUCCGCCCUCGUGAUCAGCCUCCGCGCGCCCCCGUCAGAGCUGUCUCUGAGCUACAGCGAGGGCGCGUUCUGCGGCCUCACAGCCACGCCCCUCGGGAGGAUAUCCGCGAGCAUCGUCGCGGUGAUGAUGAUCGCGGGACUCGUGUUCGAGGCCGUCAUCUUCUGCACGCUACGCCGGGUGUGGCGGACGCUGCAGGCGGAGAACCGGGCGUCUGUGUCCAUGAUCACGCGCGUCAUGGCAUUCACGCUCGUCAGCAUCGUGUCCAUUAUCAUCAGUAUGAUAUUUUUGGUCCUCCCGUCGGAACACCAAUCUGGCUUUAAUGUUAUGAUCGCCACAAUUCCAGUCACAUCUGUUCUCAUAUUCGGCACACAGAAGGAUGUUCUCAACGCCUGGGCCUCGAUAUUCCGCAAGAAACGCGCUCAUGGGGCCGAUACAUGGGACACAUUCACGCCUGAGGGGAGUCGGCAGAUCAUCAUCACAUUGAGUCCAUUGAGAAGCAAAGUAUGAAAGUAAAGAACAUCAAUAGCAUCUGUACAUCAUCAAGUCUGGAUUCAUGUUUGUAUCAAUUAUAA